AUGAAUGGAACGGAGAAUGGCACUGGCAAGCGAAAGCUCCCCUUUUUUCGCUCCACUACGCCAAUUGACCGCCGGCGCCAGUCCACCGUCCACUGGCAUCGGGUCCUACGUUCCUUGCUGUAUCUGAUCGCUUGGAUCUUUUUGGUGCUGGUGGCUAUUGGCAAUAUUGCAGAUAAACCAGUCCUGCGAGAUACCUAUUUCCUUUAUCUUGAUCUCUCCAGCAUUAUCCCCGUCUCCAUCCCCAAUGCCGUUCUUAUCAAUUCCAUCGCACAAACCAUUGGGCUGCAUGACUUUUAUACGGUCGGCCUAUGGAACUUCUGCGAAGGAUAUUAUGGACAAGGUAUUACCUACUGCUCCAAACCGGAGACUCUCUAUGCCUUCAAUCCAGUGGAAAUUAUCCUAAACGAGCUAUUGUCCGGUGCUACAAUUGCUCUCCCAUCGGACAUUGAGAGUCCAUUGGAAUUGGCGCGCCUCGCCUCCCACUGGAUGUUCGGACUGCUUCUCGCCGCCGCAGUUCUCAACUUCGUCAUGAUUUUUGUCGGUCCACUUGCCGUGUCUUCGCGACACCCGCGCAGCAUUAAAGCCUGGGCCGCAGGUUACAGCCCCGCCAAUGGCAGUGAGAGCCACGCGCCCGUCGGGAAGCCACCUCACCGCCGGCGCACUUUUGUCUGGCUACGCGCCCUGCCCCUGCUUAUUCUGACGUUCUUCACCGCGCUGGUGACUAUCGUUGGCUCCGCUGUCGCAACGGUCUUGUUCGUGAUCUUUGCCAACGUCUUCUCCAAUGCCGACCCCAGCAUCAACAUCAAGGCCAACGUCGGCACGCAGAUGCUCGUCUUCAUGUGGAUCGCCUCUGCAUUUAGUCUGAUUGCAUUCAUCAUCCAGAUCGGCUCGUGCUGUGCUGCCUGCUGCCGUGGCCGUCGUGCUCGCAAGCAGCUCAAGUCGCAGGGUAUCAAUUGGCGCGAGAAGGGAUCAGCCCAUACCAAUGAUCCUGAUACCCCUGUCGAGCAUCGUGCUGUCUCAUCGGGUAGAGACAUCAGCGCUGUUAAUGGAGAGCGCCGUCUGAGCUCGAGCGGUCAGGCGUUCUCGAACGAGCAUGAGCAGUACUCCGGCAAUGGAAAUGGCUACGCGAACCACUAUCCCACCAACGGAAAUAAUAUCUCAUCUCAGCAGCACUCCCCCUACUCCUCAACUGAGCCCCAUGCAAUCUCGAACUGA